CGUGUACUGAAAUGUAACAUAGGCAGCAUUAUCGCAGAGUGCCGAAUUCAAAGCGAGGCAUUCACAACAGCUUAUCAUCGUUUACUGGUAUUUAACUUCUGACAAAACACUGUUGACAACUGCUCGAUCAACCAUGCUUUAUUUGGUGGCACUUUGUCUUGGCCUGGUUACUGAAGCUCUGGCCCAGGGUUUUACUGAUUCCCACUACAACACGACUUAUGGCAACUAUUCUAAGCCGACCACUCCCUACCAAGUGGAAAAGACUCAGGCGCGACUGGUGGGCGGGUCCAGCAACGCUACGGGUCUCUUGCAGCUCUAUUACAGGGGCGAGUGGGUGACAGUAUAUGCACCCUCGUCGUCAUACUUCACGCAAAAUGAAGCCAAGGUUAUCUGCAAUAUGCUCGGAUACAAACACAGCGACCAAGCAUAUGCGUUCAAAACUGGCGUCGGCAACACACUCUUUGGGAAACUGCAAAGUCGUUCAAUAGGAUAUACGUAUUUCAACUGUCGUGGAAACGAAUCCGAUAUGUCACAAUGUAGCGGAUGGCAUUCUUAUACCUCACUCUCGCAAUACAGUGAACUCUACGACGUUGGAAUUGCGUGUGACCGUUCCUUCAUACGGAUUCAAGACGGCGACACAGCACAUUCGGGGCGAGUGGAGAUAUACUCGAAGGGUGACUGGCAUCCCAUCUGUAGUUAUGGCUUUGAUGCUCGCGCAGCGAACAUUGUCUGUGGCAUGCUGGGAAUUAACAACACCGGAAUUGCAAAAGCCUAUACGUCGUCGGUAUAUGGGCACGGCACGGGUACACUUCUUACUAGCUAUAUACGUUGUCAAGGAAGUGAAACCAAUUUAAUGGACUGCUCCGUAUCAUUCGACACGUGCAGUCAGAAGGAAGCAGCUGGUGUUCAGUGUGACUCGACGCGUAUACGCCUCGUAAACGGACCCACCAACACCUCAGGAAGAGUAGAGAUACUUCAUGGUGGAACAUGGGGAACAAUAUGCGGGUCUUCAAGUUUGGAUGCGAGGAGCGUAAAAGUCAUGUGCCGGAUGCUAGGCAUUGAUAAUCCUAAUGCCUUUGGUUACGCGAACGCAUGGUAUGGUGAGGGAGAAACCUUCCCAAUCGUGUACAACAUGCAGUGUGACGGAUCUGAGUCCGAUAUUGCACAGUGUACGUCGUCGUAUGAGUGGGCUUCAGCAGGUCAUACUUCGGUCUUUAGUUGCGAUCGUCCUACGAUGUUGGACUCAACUGUGAUGCCAAAACUCCCAUACGCUUGAUUGAUGGUGGAACUGAGCUGUCUGGUCGCCUCGAGAUUCUUCGUAACGGUUACUGGGGGACCGUCGGCAGCACAGGGUUUGACAAGCAUGAUUUACAGGUUGUUUGCAGGAUGCUGGGCGUUGCAAUAACAUCGAAUUCUUUCUUCAUGACGAAUGGAUACUACGGUCAGGGCACCGGGGACGUUCUGGCGAAGGACCUGACUUGUCAAGGCGGAGAGGUAGACAUCGGACUCUGUGGGGGCAACUGGUGGCCCAGAACCGUCCCUGGAGACCACAGCC